AUGUCAAGCUCAGAAAUUCAGGUGUUUUAUCCAUCAUGGGAGGAGUUCAAAAACUUUUCCGCUUUUAUUGACUAUAUUGAGUCACGCGGGGCCCACCGUAGCGGUUUGGCGAAAAUUAUUCCGCCGGCAGGAUGGAAAGCACGUCGUAGCGGUUACGAAAACUUGGACCUUCAGAUAAGGAGUCCGAUCACUCAGAUAAUCACCGGCCAGCAGGGAUUAUAUCAGCAGUACAAUGUAAGCAAGAAGAAAAGCAUGACAGUUGGCGAAUACGAGCUUCUGGCCAAAAGCGGUAAACAUGCUCCUCCCCCGUUUCAAAACCUUGAAGAUUUGGAACGAAAUUACUGGAGAGGCAUUACAUUUAACCCUCCUAUUUAUGGAGCCGACACGCCGGGUACGCUUUACGAUGCGGACGUGAACGAGUGGAACAUAGGUCGUCUUGGCACUAUAUUGGAUCUGAUACGCUCCGACUACAGAAUCAGGAUCGAAGGCGUCAAUACGCCGUAUCUGUACUUCGGUAUGUGGAAGGCGACAUUCGCAUGGCAUGUUGAGGACAUGGAUUUGUACUCAAUUAAUUACUUGCAUUACGGUGCUCCAAAGUAUUGGUACUGCAUUCCUCCUGAACACAGUCCCCGCCUAGAGCGGUUAGCGGCCAGCUUCUUCAGUCAGUCAGCCAAAGAAUGUCCGGCAUUUUUACGGCACAAAAUGACGCUUAUAUCGCCGUCGAUUCUGCACAAUUAUUCAAUCCCCGUCAAUCGGAUUAUUCAUAAUCCAGGCGAAUUCAUGAUUUCAUUUCCUUACUCCUAUCACAGUGGCUUCAACUGUGGCUACAACUGCGCCGAAAGCACCAACUUUGCCUCAAUAAGGUGGAUUGACUAUGGCAAAAAGGCGCGACUGUGCACGUGCAAUAAGGACAGUGUCCGCAUUUCGAUGGAUGGCUUUGUGAAACGCUUCCAGCCAGAACAAUACGACGAGUGGAAGGCCCACGAAGGUAGCAGAGCCUUCCUCCACGACAGCGCUGAACUAGUCGGCAGAGCGGACUAUGACUCGCCUCCCAUUGUUACCGUGCUUCGUAAAACUAGCAUCAGCAAGCGGUAUUUGGCAUCAUACAAAUCUCCCGUUAAAAAGAACAAAAAAAGAAACUUGGCUGUUAGUGCUGAAUUGUCCUCAUCUGUUGUUGCCAGACGCAAAAGUAAUACGCAGUCGAAAAUAAAACACUCAGCAGUGGAGAUGCCGAUCGCUUCUAGGUCACACUUGGUCGUUGAAACGGAAUGCACCAGUGGGUUGACAGGGAAUUAUAAGAAUCAGGGCGAUCGGUACAGUUUUGGAUCUUGGGCUAGGUCUCUGGAGAAAUUGUGGCACUUUACCGUUAGUGAUAUUAACGCAGAGAUCGAACACAAUGCGAGGAUGGCCCUCAGUGAACCGCACUGUUGCCUCUGCCAGGUUUUCGUCUCUUCAUCGAUCGCUUGUCGUCUGUCGCAAGUUCCCACUACUAGUCGUCAGAUCCUUAACGAACUGUGCUUCACCAGGAAUCCGAACGUCAUUACGCUUAGUAAAAGGUCCCAAGCGGGCACCACGAAAGAUGAUAGUAUGCUCAUCGAAGAAUCAAAGAAUGCGCGGUUGAUCUCUUGCUGUGAAUGUGCCAUCACCGUCCACGCAUCCUGCUAUGGCGCGAACCUCGAUUCGAUUGCCACCUCUUCGCAGUGGAAAUGCGACCGCUGUGAGGUUGGUGUUGACAACGCUGAGUGCCAGUUGUGUUGCCUGCGCGGAGGUGCUGUCAAGCCGACCACCGACUUUACUUGGGUCCAUUUGAUCUGUUCGUUGCUCACCCCCAACGUUCGCAUUCUAUCACCGGUCAGUAAAUCACCGGUGGAUCUGAAGGCAGUUUUCCUGUGCAACACCAGUCACAAUGCGGUUUGUAUUUACUGUCAUUCGAAACAAGGCAAGCCGAUUAUGUGCGCCUAUGGCAAUUGUCAGCGGUCAUUUCACGUGACCUGUGGCUACUACGCCGGCGCCAUUUUUGAAGUAAGGGACUGGCCGGAACUCGUGACCGCUAUGUGCAAUUUGCAUAAGAUGUCCUCCGUCGAUUCCAGGCCCUUGCGGAUCGGUGACAGCGUGAUUGCGCGGUACGACGACGACUCUUACGUAAAUGGCUCAAUAAUAAAGGCUAGCGAAGAAGUUUAUUGCAUCGUUGAUUUUGAUGAUGGUUCCUACUCAAAUAACAUUUAUCACCACGACAUCGAAAUGUGUUCCUGUGUUGGUUCUUGCAACGGAGCGCAUCAAAGUGGUGUCCGGGUUCAGAUUCGAUGGACUGACGGCAAGUUAUAUGGUGGCAUAUUCCGCAGGGCAUAUCGCGCAAUGGCAUACGACAUUGAACUUGUUAAUUGCUCUAUCAUCAAGUGUAGCAGGGACGAGUUGUUUGGUCCAGAUGAUUCCAUUUCUGACGAAGUACGAAAAAAAAUCUGUGACAAGCUUGGCCCUGACAAAGAAAUUUCUAAAUAA